GUAGGUUGGUUAUUUUCAAAAUAAGGGCGGUGGAACUGCUGCGGUGCUUUUGUUUUGAAAAACAUUUAACCGGAAACAACUGCUAACUAUGGAGCGGCCUGCAGAAACAUCGUGGAGGCCGCCACGAGCUUGUGAAGAUUACUUGAGUGAGUUCCGGCACUGCAAAAGUUUGUUCAAUCGUUUUCACCACUACUAUGCCUACGGCACCGCAGCAUCCUGCCAGCAGUGGAAAGUGGACUACAAUAACUGCAGAGAGUGGGAAAAUCACAGACUCACAGAAGCUAAGGACGCAUUACGGAAAAGUGAAAGGAGCCGAUUGGCUGAGCAGAGGAACUUCACCCCAGUGUGGAAGCUGAGGCAGGAGCCUCCUAAUGACUGGCACAGGCCUCUGGACCAGGAAAACCAACAAGACUCCUGAUCUGUGCCAGCUACCACUGCUUUAUGAACUGAUGCAAUAUGAUGUAGUUCACUUCAUGGCCAAUUCAUAAAAGAGCAACUGUAUCUUAACUAAUUUAUAGUGUUAACUAAAAAAUAUUUUAUGGAAGGCUUGUGGAAUUUGGAGCACAGAGGAACUAAGUGAAAUUUAGCUUCAUGUAUUACCCAGAAUUUAAGAACAUGUUUAAAUUGCAGGAGGUCUGCUGUGCUGUGUUUAACGGUAAAGUUUGAAGCUUCACUUGAAAACUUCUCAUAAGAUUUGAUCGGUCUAAGAUUAUUUCACUUGCAUCAAUAUCAAAUCUUUCUAUAAUGUAAGUUUUAAUAAUAAAAAUGGGCACUAUGAGGGUAUAAAACAGAGAAAACCUACAGCCUAUUGCUUCCACGACCUGUCUUUCAGGAAGGAGUCCAGGAAAACUCUUCCUUCAAUACAAAAGCCUACAAACGUCAAGUGGGUUAACCUCACCCAAAACCAAAAAUGGAUCAGAGGUAAUUAUUGUAGAGGCAGGGAUUUUGAAGGGUCAUUUACACCCAAACCUAAUCAUGUUUACAGCGGAGGUAGCUGUGCUGUUUGGUGUACUGUCAGUUUUUUCCCCUAUGACUAUUCAGUCAAAUAGAUUCAACACAUAUCACUAUUACUUGGGAAAUCAGUAAAUAAACCUUAAAAAAAUGAAACGAUCA